UUUCACCGGUGGGUGCAUUCCACACGUCCGGUGGAGGGUCUGGAUCCUCGACGCGUGCGGUGUGCCUUGCACUAUGUGUCUGUUUUCAUCCUCCAGCGGACACUUCUUUACAGCGGUCUCUGUGCGCUGCGACCGGGAGCCUUAGAGUUGUGUGGCAUUCGGCAACCUAUCCGUCGACGCGAACACUUGGCUUUCAGACGCUUCGAAGAGCCAUGCACUCUGUGCUUACUUAUAACCUUCCUCACCUUCCCUGCUCCACCCUUCGAGGCCGCUUUUCCUCCGGUCCGAUAGUCCCCGACCCCGAGGAAACGAAACGAAACGCAACGAACCUGUCCGCUCGUGUCCUGCGGAUGCGGAAUCCACGAAAAAA